CACCGAGUUCCUGUCCGCCUCUCUGCAUUAUGUCGGGUGGCCUCCUGAAGGCGCUGCGCAGCGACUCCUACGUGGAGCUGAGCCAGUACCGGGACCAGCACUUCCGGGGUGACAAUGAAGAACAAGAAAAAUUACUGAAGAAAAGCUGCAUGUCGUAUGUUGGAAAUCUUUCCUUUUACACAACUGAAGAACAAAUCUAUGAACUCUUCAGCAAAAGCGGUGACAUAAAGAAAAUCAUCAUGGGUCUGGAUAAAAUGAAAAAAACAGCAUGUGAAUUCUGUUUUGUGGAAUACUAUUCACGAGCAGAUGCAGAAAAUGCCAUGAGGUACAUAAAUGGAACUCGUCUGGAUGAUCGGAUCAUUCGCACAGAUUGGGACGCCGGCUUUAAGGAGGGCAGGCAGUACAGACGUGGGCGAUCUGAGGGCCAGGUACGAGAUGAGUAUCGGCAAGACUAUGAUGCUGGAAGAGGCGGCUAUUGAAAACUGGCACAAAACCAGUGAGUGGUGAGAGCUCUGAAAAACUCCUUUGGUUUGUUGAAUUUGUUACGAACAUUACUCAAGGUCUUCAAACCAGCUUAGUUUUACGAAGCUUUGAUCAGUAUCCACUGAGCU